GCGGCUCCCCCGAGCUCAGGGGGCGGGGCUUCCGAGCCAGCAGGUGGAGGGAUCUGCCACUUGGAGACCGUCUCCACCCCCCCGCCUGUUUCUCAGUUUGGAGUCCCCCUCGCCUGCCGCCCCGGGUGCAGCUUUUCUCCGGGGCGGGGUGGGGACUGGGGUGGGGGUGGGGGGACUGGGGGUGGCGAUGGGAGGAGGGUUGGUGUUUCUUCCUGCUCCGAGGUGCCUUAACGCAGCGCCGUUCUAGCGGCCCGGGCCACCGCUUGGGGGCCGCCCUGGCCUCCCUUCCCCUCCGCGAGCCCUCCUAGGACCCGGGGCAGAGCCAGCUCGGCAGAUGCCCUCGCCUGCCACCCCCUCUGCUUCUCCUCGGCUCUCCCCCCUGCUAGCCCUCUUCGCCUGCCGCCUUCUAAGCUCCCACCGGGGCAAUCGAUGGACGCUGCAGAGAAAUAGAAAGUGAUAUGGGGGCAGAAGAUCAGAAGCGUUCAUAUGGGACGGACCCACAGACACGGAAGAGCACAGACCUCUAGCUUUUUGAGAAAGCACGAGACUUUUGCUAGGGUUAUAUCACAGACACGCAGACAGACACACGCAGACACCCGAAAUCCAAGUUUGGGGCUCCUCCAUCCCACUUUCCCCGAUGCCCAACAGCCGAUCUGUUUACAACUUCGUUAAACUAGAGAUCGGAAAAGCGCCCAGAGACGCUGGCGGAGCUCCAGGUCCAGGCAGCAUCCCCGCGCCCCCGGCUCCCCUCACCCGCCGCCCCAAACCCCACUUCUGCAGCCCCGGACCGGGGAACCCCCUACCUGGCCAGCCGACUUGGCGCAGGGGCGGUGCUGAGUCGGCGGAGAGCCCGAGCGGGAAUGCGGCAGGUCGCCUUUGCGGUACCCGGGCGCGAGCCGCGGCCGCCACGGCAUCCGAGGGGCGCCGGGGCCACCGCGCCGCCCUCGCACCUCGUCCUGCUUUCCUUCAGUUGGCCACUCGCCUAACUGGGCAGCGACGGCGGAAAUGUCCGUUCCCGACCCCCAUUCUCGCCCGUGGCCGGCAACCUGGAGACGCCGCUCUCGCUCUCGGGUGCGGGCAAUUCCGGAGGCUGUGGGGCGGAAAAGCGAAAUGCCACCCUCUCCCGAGCUCUGAAGCGAAUGACGAUGCGGAGCGCUCUCGCCCCCUCCCAACACCGUGGGAGCCCUUGAUUCGAUCCCGAAGGAGGCGAGCGAGCAAGGGCCUGGAUCUCCGUGCCUCGCAGGUCCCCUCGGCUUCCCGCACCCCGCGCGGACCUCGAAAAGCCGACCGCCAGUUCUCCUUCCCUGUGGUCCACAGCCCCGCACACGCACGGUCCUCUGCCGCGACCUUUCCGGGAAUUUCACAUCGGAAAUGGUCAGGUCCGACGCAAUGCAGGCGGUGGUGUUCCUGGCACAACUACUCUGAUGGGCCGCCGUUUGUGCAGUCCCACAAUAAUCCGCUUCUCUGCGCGCUGUCCGGCCGCUCCCGCAGGGGGCUCUGCAGGGCAGACCCAGCUUGUCCCCGCCGGCCUCGGAGAGAUGCGGACUUCGGGUUGGGCUCUGCAGUUGAGGAUCACCCGGGUCUGUCCUCCGUCGCGCUACUGCGAGGCAGUGGUGCUGAGAGUGUGUCCCUCUUUGACCUACGACGGGAGUUGAAGUUUCCUUGCGAUCAGACUAUUUUGAAAUACUGAGAAUGUGACUUGUGGGAAACCAAAGGCUUCGUGGGUUUAUGCGCUUGUCUGCCAACUUGGUGCUAAUUGGAACGAAUCUGAGAAGCAAGUCGCCUGCCCACCUCCCACCCACGUCCCUCUUCCCGAAGCCUCUUUUUCCGGCCUAGGGCCUUCCCAAGGCCCCUUGCAAGGCUGGCAGCUUCUCGGGGACAGGGUCCGCACAGAGGUGCAGGGCAGCAGGAGCCGGGGGCGUGCGCGGUGCCCUCGGAGUGCGGCUCCGGCUGCGCCCCUAGAGGCGCUGCGCCUUGGCGCCUGCAGCGCGAGAGAAGGCAGCCA